AUGGCAGUUACGUUCAAGGACGGCGUUAUUCUGGGCGCUGAUUCCCGCACAACAACUGGCGCGUACAUUGCCAACCGAGUCACCGACAAGCUCACACAAGUCCACGACACCAUUUGGUGCUGCCGGUCAGGCUCCGCCGCCGACACUCAGGCAGUCGCCGAUAUCGUCCAGUACCAGCUGGGUCUGUACGCCAUGCGCAACGGCAAGCCCCCCAUGACGCAAACAGCCGCUGCCAUCUUCCAAGAGAUUUGCUACGCCAACAAGGACCGUCUGACGGCCGGCCUCAUUAUCGCUGGUUGGGACGAGCGCCACGGCGGCCAGGUUUACUCCAUCCCUCUCGGAGGCUCCCUACACAAGCAGGCGUAUGCCAUUGGCGGAUCGGGAUCGACUUACAUCUACGGUUACUGUGACGCCAACUGGAGGGAAGGCAUGGAGGAGCAGGACGCCGUCAACUUUGUCAAGGGUGCGCUGCGGGAGGCCAUCAAGUGGGAUGGUAGCUCUGGUGGUGUCAUUCGCAUGGUCGUCCUGACGGCCAAGGGUGCGCAGAGGCAUCUGUACCUUCCUGACGAGGACUACACGGUAAAGCACUGA